AUGGGUCCCGACCACCCGAAGCCCGGACCCCGGGGCCCCGUGACCGGAGGCAGGACCCCCAGGGGAGGAUGUCCAAACACCCGGGGGCCCAGCCACCAUCAGAAAGGCCCGAGCACAACACACCCACACACCAACACGGUGGGGGACAGGCAGGAGCGCAGCGAGGCGACUCUCAUCCGGCGCUUUAAGGGCGAUGGCGUUAGCCUGAGGCUAAACUCGCCGGCCUGGGCGAGGUGGCGUCGCCAGGAAACCGAACUGUGUCAGGACUCCAUGAUGAAGCUCAAGGGCUUCGCUGCAGCAUCGCGGUCUAAAGGAGAUCACAAGCAGAAGGUGUUUCUGACGGUUUCCUUCGGAGGCAUCAAGAUCUUCGAUGAGAAGACAGGGGUCCUCCAGCAACAGCACGCGGUCCAUGAGAUCUCGUACAUCGCCAAAGACGUCACGGACCACCGCGCCUUCGGCUACGUCUGCGGGAAGGAAGGGAACCAUCGCUUCGUGGCCAUCAAGACGGCCCAGUCCGCCGAGCCUGUGAUCCUGGACCUGCGGGACUUGUUCCAGCUGAUCUUCGACCUGAAGCAGCGGGAGGAGCUGGAGAAGAAGGCCCAGAAGGACAAGCAGUGUGAGCAGGCCGUCUACCAGACGAUACUGGAGGAGGACCUGGAGGACCCGGUCUACCAGUACAUUGUGUUUGAGGCGGGACACGAGCCCAUCCGCGACCAAUCAGAAGAGAGCAUUUAUCAGGUUCCCACCAGUCAGCAGAAGGAAGGGGUCUAUGACGUCCCCAAGCGACACCCAAACGGACAUCAACUCCCCCCUCACCUUCAUCCUCCUCCUCCUCAUCGUCAUCAUCAUCACAGUCAGCAGGAGGAGCAGCGGGAGGUGGAGGUGGCAGACCUGAUAGACUUAGACCUGGAGCAGGUGACUCAGAAUAUCAACCAAUUAGAGAUCUUUGGAGACAUGUCGACGCCCCCUGACAUCACCUCUCCAUCGACCCCCGCCUCUCCAGCCAACGCCCUGGACCCCUCGCUGGGCCUGCAGCCGCCCACGGAGCUGUUUGCUUCCUUCAGUCCGACGUCUGUGCCCACAGGCUACGUGACGAUGGGCGCCGUCCCCCCCGGCCACUGGACCCAGCAGGCCUUCGGGGUCCCGUCCGCCCUCGGCCCGGUGGCCCAGGUGCUGCCGGGCGGCCAGCCGCUGAUCUGGGGUCCGGCCAGCAUCUUCCCCGCCACGCAGCAGCAGUGGGCGGCCAUGGCAGCCGGUGCCUUCCCCCCCACCGCCUACCUCCCCGCCCCCCCCGUGGGCGCCGUGUUCCAGACCCUCGCCUCCGUCACGCCGGCGCCGCCCGCCGCCGCCUCGGCCCCCUCCCCGUCGGCGGCGUCGAGUCCUCAGCGGGCGAUGAAGACGAGCAAGGAGAUGUUCAAGGACUUCCAGCUGACGAAGCCUCCCGCCAUGCCGGCCAAGAGGGGCGAGCAGCACGGGCCUGUCGGGCCUGUCGGGCCUGUCGGGCACGUCGGGCACGUCGGGCACGUCGGUGGCGUUCACGUCGUACUUCAGCCGCGUCGGCACGGCGCAGGACACGGACGACGGGGACGACUUCGACAUCGCCCAGAUGAACCUCACGCCGUCCGGCAGCUCGCAUCCCACCCCGGCCCCCCGGCUGAGCCCCCCCUCCAAGUCCUCGGCCUCCCAGGUCAGCGACCCCCCCACAGACGACUCGUUCGGGGAGACGGAGGGCAGCCCGAUCCGCAGCGGAGAGGAAGACGCUGCGUGUGGUUCUGGGUCGCCCUGCCCCAGUGAGACAGCAGAGCCCAGUCCAGACCCGGCCGGGAGCUAGAGAGCAGCAGGGCAGGAAGGGGGCGGACCCCCUCUACGCCCAGAUCAACAAGGGGAAGAAAUAAGGAGACGCACAGGAAGACCAGCACCGAGAGACCGGGAGGAGGACCCCCCGCCUGUGUGCGAGUGUGUGCGUGUCUGUGUGUGUGUGUGUGUGUGUGUGUGUAUGUGGCACAUCACCCUACCUGGCCCAGCCCUCCUCCUCCUCCUUAUCCGGCUAACAACCUCCCAGGAGGAGCCUCCUCGCUCUUCCUCCUCCUCCUCUUCCUCCUCCUGCUUCCCGAGAGGAGAGAGGCCUCCAGGCAGGAGGGGAUAUCAAUUCUUCUCCUCCUCUUCCUCCCCCUCGUCCUCCUCCUCUUCCUCCUUGUGGCGCCUUACGGACACAUCCUGCUCCCUCCUUCCCGAGGAGGGACUGAGUGGAGCACAGUGCCUCACACACACACACACACACACACACACCACGGGACCAGCCUCAGUACCGAUGGAGGCCCCGCCCCCUAGCAGGAGGAGCCGGACUCUUUUAACGAGCCAAUCAGGGACGACCUCGAGGGUGUCGUCUCCCCAAAUGUCUUGUGAGUGUCUGUUGGAUCACUAUGCAGAAACAGACUCUCUGGGAGCGACACACACACACACACACACACACACACAGACUCACACAGAGGCCCGAGGAGGACCCUGAGCACCUCGAGGACCUUAAGGAGCGAAGCGGACCCUGAGAGGGAGGCGUCGCCCCAUCUGAAGACUGAUUCCUAAUCGAAAACUGUUGAUGCUCUAUAGCUUUUUGUACAAUGCCGAUGAAAAAAAUUAAUAAAAAAACAAUAACAACAACAAACAAACAAAAGGUGAGAAAGUGAAAAAUUACAUUUUUUUAUUUUAUAAGUCAAUCAAGCCGCCGGGGGGGGUCUGAGCUCUAUGGGGGGAACGGAGUCCACGAGGCUUCAAGGCAUCCCGUCGCUGGGUGGCCAAACGUCAUUUUGUAAAUAAUGAUGACGACAACAACAACAACAACCACCGUUCCUCUGUCCGCUGGACCUCUGUGCCAUGAAAUAGGAAGACUCCCGUUAUGCAACCCAAGCAAUACCAACAGGUCUUUUUUUAUCUACCCUUAUUUCUAAGCCCCGCCCCCCCCCCCCCUUAACAUUCUUAUGUCAACCGGAAAAGCCUCACACAAGCCCCUCCCCUUUGUGUUUCUGCACCACGAACAAGCUCCGCCCCCCACCCCCCAAGUAAGAGACAUUGAUGCCCCGCCCACCCACCUGUCUGUCAUGUUCCAAACUGCUAUGACAUCAUCAGCUGUGAUGCCAUUGGCUCCCUAUUUUAUGGCCAGAGCGCCCCCCCCCCCCCCCUCAUGACCACUUGAGACCUUUCUUUUGAUUUCCUUAUUAUUUUUUUGAAUCUUCUUUUUUUGAGGGGACUAUAAUGUUGAUUAACUUUAAAAUCUGACGAUUAGAAGGCGAGCAAAAGGCUUUGAAUUAAAACAUUAUAAAUUGGGGGUGGGGUAAGUACGUAACGUUUGUAGACCUAUUUUAACUUUACCUCAGCUAACAGUUUCUUAAUGUACAUUGACACAUUAUUUGUAUCUUUAUGAAUAUGACAUUCUGCAGUGAGGUUUUUAGAUGAUUCUUUGGUUUGAUUUUAAGUAUUCCAACAUGUAUUACUGUUACGAAUAAACACAUCCCAAUGA